AAGAAAAAAAAAAAACAGCAACCAGCGGAUCACAUGACCGCCUCCGUUAUUUCCUGCAGCACCAACCAGCCUCUCCUCUCCUCUCCUCUCCUCUCAGCUCCUCCAGCAGCAGCAGCCUGCGACAGACAGACAGACAGACAGACAGCUCAGCAGCGGUGAGGUCGCUCUGCUCUGAACCAACAACAGCUCCACUAGAAACACUCCGCAAGGCCUCCGCUACACCGAGACAACCGACUACAGAACAACAGACAUCUGUUUUAUACUCUUCAGUUGCUGUUUUUUAUUUUAUGAUAGCCUUGUAAAGAAAGAACCAGCCAGAGCUCAAUAAUGGCGACAGCAGCUGCGGUGUGUUCCCCUGCUGGCUGCGGCCCCAGCCCCGGGUCCGGUACGGAGCUGGUCCGCGGACAGGCCUUCGACGUCGGGCCUCGGUACAGCAACCUCUCCUACAUCGGGGAGGGAGCCUACGGGAUGGUGUGCUCUGCCUAUGACCGGGACAACAAGACCCGUGUGGCCAUUAAGAAGAUCAGCCCUUUCGAGCACCAGACGUACUGCCAACGCACCCUGAGAGAGAUCAAAAUCCUUCUGCGCUUCAAACAUGAGAACAUCAUCGGCAUCAACGACAUCAUCCGCACACCGACCAUCGACCUGAUGAAAGACGUAUACAUUGUCCAGGACCUCAUGGAGACGGACCUGUACAAGCUCCUGAAGACUCAACACCUGAGCAACGACCACAUCUGCUACUUCCUCUACCAGAUCCUACGAGGGCUCAAGUACAUCCACUCUGCCAACGUCCUGCACCGCGACCUGAAGCCCUCCAACCUUCUGCUCAACACCACCUGUGAUCUCAAGAUCUGUGAUUUUGGUUUGGCUCGUGUGGCCGAUCCCGACCACGAUCACACCGGGUUCCUAACAGAGUACGUAGCCACUCGUUGGUACCGAGCACCUGAGAUCAUGCUCAACUCCAAGGGCUACACUAAGUCCAUAGACAUCUGGUCAGUGGGUUGCAUCCUGGCUGAGAUGUUGUCCAACAGGCCAAUCUUUCCUGGGAAGCACUACUUGGAUCAGCUUAACCACAUUUUGGGGAUCCUGGGUUCUCCCUCUCAGGAGGAUCUCAACUGCAUCAUCAACAUUAAGGCUAGGAACUACCUGUUGUCGCUGCCUUUGCGCUGCAAAGUGCCGUGGAACCGCCUCUUCCCCAACGCUGAUCCCAAAGCUCUGGACCUGUUGGACAAGAUGUUGACCUUUAACCCCCACAAGAGGAUCGAGGUGGAGGAGGCCCUGGCACACCCUUACCUGGAGCAGUAUUACGACCCCACAGAUGAGCCUGUCGCUGAGGCCCCAUUCAAGUUUGACAUGGAGCUGGAUGACCUACCCAAAGAGACACUGAAGGAGCUCAUCUUUGAAGAAACUGCACGUUUCCAGACCAUCUUUAGGUCCUAACAUCUCACACAGAUGAUUCUGUGGACUGGCUUCUGCUCCUCCUCGCCUCCACACUGUUGCUGUGAUUUUGUUUUCUUUUUGGGUUUUUAUUUUCCUCUCCUGUUGUCCACAUCACCUGGAUUCCUUGGGUCUCACUCGUCAAGUCCACUUUGCUCAGGAAUGGCGUCAGGAAUCAAUCAAUCAAUCAUUCUCCUGUCUCUCUUUUCUCUUUUCUCUCUCUCUGAGGUGAGGGGUGAGAGGAGGUCCACAUCACAGCUUACAGUUUGGGGGCUGAUUUUGUGUUUUAAGCCAAGAUAACAAUUUUUUGUGUGUGUCUCAAAGGCUCUGGCUAUUCCUAUUCAAGACCUUUUUAUGUCCAGUUGAAUGACAGUGAUAGACUAGCUGUUGUGCGUGUUUUUUUGGUGCAACUGUCGUGGUUAUAACUCUGCCUACAUUGCACAAACAAACAACGGUAGAUUACUUAUAAGAAUCAUCCAUCGUAAAAAAAAAAAAAGGGGUCUUUUGAAUUUUUUAACCUUUGUCGCACUGUUACAAGGGAUACCUUGAUCUUUUUUCUCUCUUUGAAAAAAGAAAAAACCUGAAUUAAAUCAACUGAUUUAUGCAAUGAAAACACAUAAUCAGCCACAUAUUUGUGGGUCAAAAGCCAUCACUUGGUGUUGAGGAUCUAUAUUUUAACAAAGACCUAUUUCAAUCCUCACACAGAAGGCCCAAAUGCAAAUAUAUAUAUAUAUAUAUAUAUAUAGCCCAAAGAGUCUUAAGAUAUGUUAAUGGCAAGAGUGAUGAUAGAAGGUGAAUCAGAUCUUUUGUUUCUUUUUAUUAAACACAAAAAAAUACCCGUUUUCAUUUCCCAUCGGCUUCAGUAAAAUGUCAGGUUGUGUAUAAAUGCACCAAAUUAAAAGUGCAUUGAAGGAUUUCACCAUCAAUUUCUGCCUUAGCCAUGAGAAACCUAAAGGAUAUGUCUGUUUAUUUCAUACAAGUCUGUAUGUACAGUAUGAUAUUUUUUCAUAUGGGAGAAAAUUUACAGCGUCAGGACAAGAAUUCAGUUAUCACACAACUUGUUUUCGUCCGGAGGAAAUGUUGUCGUGCCUCCUUUUUUUUUUUUCCUGUUUCGUGUUUUCUUUUUCUCUCUCUCGCCUUGUUAGAAUAAUACUGUGCCCUUUGCAUGACUGUUAUAAGCUCUGUAUACAAAGACGACGAUGUUAAGUGCCACAACAAGAGCGCCCAGGCUCUUUCUGUUCAACCUUUUUUGUGGUAUAUCACACUUCCCAAUCACAUGGUGCUUUUUGUCCUGUUUUUUUCUUUUGCUUCAGCAUUUUCUUUGUCUGUUUUUUAUGUCGUUUAUAUUUACAGAUUUACUCGUUUUUAGCCAAACUCCAUCUUGCAUGCUGAGACGUCUCGUUGUGGUUGCAAAUAGGAGAAUAACCAUAUAUCUGUAUUUAUACCAAUCACACAGGAACAUGUUGUUUCCUCAACCUGAGAAAUGGCAUCCAGGCACGAUACAGUUGAAAUGAUACUCAAACUUAACAGAUCAGGUUUUUCAUUUCGUCCGUUGUAACAUUUUUUUUGCUUUAAAUUGCACAUUUUCACGCUGAUAACCGUUGGCAGUGUCGGCACCAGCCGACCUUUGGCAGUGUCGGCACCAGCCGACAGUUGGCGUUGUCAGCACCAGCCGACAACUGCAGUAAAAAAAAGAAGCAGCAGAAGUCAAGACCAUCAGUUCUUGUCGGUAACUGCUCAUUAAAGACUGUUGAAUUUGAAGAAUUUAUUUCAAGCGAAAGGAAUUAAGACUUUAAAAAUUAUAUAUAUGGAAACUUUGGGGGGGAGAAACAAACAAGCCAGAAGCACCGAGGCUUCAACCAGCCGUGUCUUUCAUUUGAGCAGCACUGCAGCGUCUAAUGGCUGUCAUUUCAGUUUGUUUACAAGUGGGCCUCAAAUAUAUUCAGUUUCAUGUUAACACCUAGCAUUUGGUUAGGUUAGAGUACUGCAGCAUCAAAAUUAAAGCUCAUUCAGUGAUGUGUGAGUGACCUAAUGAAUGAAACAAAGUAUUAUUUACGACACUAAAGCAUCUCAUUGUAGACAUGAAUGGAUUCUUCAAGAAUAUGUCUCUGCUGGCACUUAAAUAAAUUAGAGAUUUAAAUAUAAAAUAAGACAAUUUCAGAACUAUUGAGCAGCUUCAGCUGAUUUUUCAUUCUUUACAAUGACGACAAUGAUGUGAGAGAAGUAUUGGGCGAGCUGUAAACUAACUUUUUAUGUUUCUGACAGAAGAUGAGCGAAGCUAAAACUCAACUUUUGACUCUUUUUCUACAUUUGCAUACAUGUCAAAAAGCAAGUUUGAGUUGUACAAACAUUUCUCUUGAGGGCAGAGCUGCUCUGGUCGAAUUAAAUCACAUUUUAUAUUUGACUUUUGUUCUGGCUGAAACUUAGACUGAAACUAAGUAGAAGCUGAGAGAGAGGAGACUAGUGCUCCGCUGAAAUGCACUCAAGCCAUAAUCUGUCAGUGUUGCAACUCUGACCACAGCCAACAGUGAUGUCACGGUGUACUGACACAGCCUGAAGUACACUUCUAUGUCACUGCAGCCAGGUGAGAAGUUAAACAAACAAAAAAAAGAUUUUCAGAUGUUGUUCAGAAGUAAGACUCCAGAUUAAUAUGUAAUUAUCAAGCUAGACCUGAGACGACAAAUGUAAACGUCUGGUAACGCUUUAUUUUACAGGCCUGUAAAUUCUGAAUAUUCACAAGAAGUUUUCUGGAAAGAACUGUAAUUUGGUUGAUUGUAGGUAAAUUAGAGACCAUGUUCAAUAGAGCUACAACAAACCAUUGUUUUCACCAUCGUUUAAAGAGGACCUAUUAUGCUUUUUACCCUUUCCUUUAGUGUGUUAUAUAGUUUUUCUGUGCAUGUAAAAGGUCUGCAAAGUUACUCUCACCCACAGAAACACUGCUCCCAAACUGCCUGAAACUUGAUUGAAGUGCCGCCUUUUCUUCCAUAACGUGGUGAUAUCACCAAGUAACACACUUUGCCUAGCGGCUAGUUUGGCAUGCCCUCAAACAAAGCUAGUUAGAGCGGAGCUGAAGAGUUUGGUUCGGUUGAUCAAUCACAACAGAGUGGAUCGGUAUGAUAAAAAUAAAGUGUUUUUUGAACAUUAAAGCUAUUAAACGUGUUCCAGUAGAAACCCCAAAUAAAAGCAGGCACCUGAAAAUCAGCAUAAUAGGUCCUCUUUAAUCUGUCGAUUUGUUUUUAUGAGUAAUCGUUUGGUCUAAAAAAAAAUUCAGAAAAUUGUGAAAAAUGCACAUCACAACUUCCAUGACAUUUUUUAUCCCAACAACAGUUGAUAUUGAGUUAACGAUGAUAUGAAACUGAGAAAAACAGCAAUCCUCAUAUUUUGAGAAGCUGUAACCAGCAACAGUUUAGUGUUUUACCUUUUAGUAAACAACUUAAACAAUUAAUCAUUUAUCUGAAUUGUUGACGAUUUAAUCAACUAAUUUUUGCAUCCUUAGUGUUAAAUUGCUCCUCUUCCAAUUAAUCAAUUCCAAUUAACUGCUAAGAUACCGUAACCUAGGAGUCUUUUAGGCAGCGCGCAGCAGGUCAGACACCAAAAUGUGCAAUUUUUACAAAGUUUCUAAUAAUAACUUAAUGAUGUCCCUUCAAGGAAAUUCUUCUGAACACAUUUAACUUAAAUAACUGCCUCAACUUUGUCUCUAUUUUCCAUAUAAUUGAUUUGAACUUACACAGGAAACUUUCAUGAAAAUAUAAGGGAAAUAACAAACCUGUACAAAUAAAGUGUUACCAGAAAAUAUAUAAAGUUUAUAUUUAAAAAAUAAAAAUUUUGAUCAAAGUUCCCUCUUUGCUCUCACCCAAAAAACUUUUGUUGGUUCCGUCGACGGAGAUUUAACUCAUCUGAUGACAUUUGAAAAAUGACCAAACUCCAUUGCAGAAAUGACCAUUUUUGCACUCUAAAAGUUCACCUGAGCAGACGUUGAACGUGAGGUAAAGACUCGUCUGUUCCCAGUGCUCCUCACUCUCGCUGUACACACCUGUCUGUCACUCGAUUAUUAAAUAAAUGCACUUGCUUCUACAGUAGUUGGGAUGGGACUUGUAAUCCGAGGUGCCUGCCGGGACUUGACUUGCCUGUAGAUAGUCAUUUUUUGGGGUGGGGUUUAGUCAGAACAUUGAGGGCACUGGAAACCUUACUGGGAUUAGUUGUAUUAAAAAAAAGCUUCUGCUGAGUUCUUUGUGCAACCUGUCUGUUUGUGCCUUUUUUGAUAGUCUUGAUAUCCAAGAUUUGAUGUGCAGCUUUUGUUCAGUCGGGAAUCCGUUUGUAAUCGCAGUAUACGCUCUUAAAAAUGAACACAAUCAAGUCUGAGGGUGGGAGGGGUCGCGGGAGGGCAUCCUUAUCUUUCAGUUAUGUACAUUUUAAAGAGAUUUGUUGCCACAGCUGUGUGAUUUGUGACUGUAUUGAAAAGAUGAAAAGCAAACAUUUAUAUUUUUUGCGUUACCCUUUUUGUUUUUUUGUUUUUUUUGGGGUGUGGGGGGGGUGUUUUUGUGCAGAUAUUUUUAUUGUAAAAUGAAUGUUAUGUUUCUAUCAGACACUAAUCUUGUUUGAGUUGUCUCCAGUGGAACUACUUCACUCUGUAUGUUUUGAUCAGUAUAAACCUUUAAUUGUGUAGUUAACAUUUCUGAAAAAAAAUAAAAUAAGAUCCUUGGUUGUAUUUUAAAGGUUCCUGUUUGACCUGCCAUAGACAUUGUUUGAAUUGGUCAGUUUUAUUUUGCUGUCGUGUGAAGGAUUUGACUUGAACGAAGCAUUUCUUUGCUAUUAUUAAAGACUGACUGCCACUUUGAAAAACCUGUUUUUUAAUGUUUCUUUUUUUGUUUUGUUUUUUGCAACUCUGCCAUUUUAAAUAGACGUUCAUUAAAAACA